UGUGGAGUUGGUGGUUUGAAUCAUUUCUAGUUUAGUUGCUAUCGCGAAAGUGAAGGGGAGACACGGCAGGGAAAGGAGCUCGACUGCUUUCUCUAGACCCAAAUCUCUGGUCACAAGAACCAGCAGGAGAUCCAGGUCUCUGGCCGCAGGAACCAGCAGGAGACCCAGGUCUCUGGCCGCAGGAACCAGCAGGAGACCCAGGUAGCUGGGAUUAAGCAGGUUCUGUGUCUGAAGUCUCUGGCUCUACCUGCCCCACACCAUGAAUGAUUCCCAGUGUCUGGAUGACCUGCCAAUAGUUUCCAGGUGGUCAAACGCUCCCAGACAGGAGGUGGGACUAAGGGAGUUUUACAGCGAGACCCAGCGCCUGGCUUUGGAAGAGCUGAUCUCUGGAGGCGAGGAGUCUUACACCGCCUUCCUGAAAAGGGAGAGGGUCCAGGGCUUCCUGUCGGCCGAUGAGAUUGCUGGUAUAUUGCAGUCCACCAUCAGACCCCCUGAGCCGGAUAGCGAGCCAUUCGACCAGUCCUUCGCCGGCUCCAACGAUUACUCCUCGGGUACUUACUUCCCCGAUGUUUCGGACAUUGAGAUCCCGGUUCUGGACAUUGGGUGGCCGGUAUAUCCGGACAACUGGUACCGGGGAGUGACCCAGGUGGAGGUGUAUUUCCAGCCCAGCUAUGGAGAGCUCAUCUAUAGCUGCAAGGAGGCGAUCAGGAAACUCAUCAGGAAGGCAGAGAAGGUUAUUGCACUGGUAAUGGACUCCUUCACUGAUAUUGACAUUCUCAAAGACCUUCACGAGGCUAGCCGUAAGAGACGUAUCCCUGUUUACAUCCUCCUCGAUCACUCUGGGCUCCCACAGUUUCAGCAAAUGUGUCGGGACGCUGGUGUCUGGGUGGAGGAGGAGAGGAGGAUGAGAGUCCGCACAGUAACAGGCUGCACUUACUGCACAAGAACAGGAGCCAAAGUAAUCGGCAGAGUCCAUGAAAAAUUCAUGUUAAUUGAUUGUGAUAGAGUAGCUACAGGCUCUUACAGUUUCACUUGGACUGAUGGGAAGCUGAAUCGCAGUAAUCUGACUGUGCUCUCGGGGCAGUUGUCCGAGUUUUACGAUGAAGAGUUCAGAAUCCUGUACGCCCAAUCACAGCCAAUACCAACCCAGUCAGCAGGUUAUGAGAAUCAUGCCAUCUAUGAAGAGAUUGCAGCAAAGAGGUUGCUGUCCAGACAGCCCACUGUCACUAAGACCUUGGAGAAAAGAAUUAUGAUAUGUUCUCCAAAUAAGCGGAAACCUGAGGCCCUGGAGCAAAAAUCUGAGAAAAAGCCGCGCUCACAAAGGUCUGUUAGCUCAGAGGGCAGUCGUGUGUCUGAAGCGUCUACCCUUGGUGAUAAAGGCCAACUUAGGAACAAGGAGGUGAUGAGCAUUUCUACACAGACUGAGCUUGAGAUGCAGCCAGGGAUUGUCGUGCAUAGUACUUCCACUCAAACCUGUAUUUUGGUGAAGGAGGUGGAAACACAAACUGCAUUCCUAUCAAAAUCGAGCACAACUCAGACCUUUCCUGAAAUUGUAACUGCUCCUGAAGCGCCGUCUCCCACGAAGGUCUUGGAUACAGAUGGAUGUCUAGACAGUGGAGAGUCAACUCACUCGUCCAGUCAGCUGCUUCCCAGCUCAAAAGAUUCCAACGAUGGCUCAAGUAGUUCAUUGUCCCCCGCUGCCUCUGAAAGUCAGCCGUGUCACGAUUCUGCCAGUUAUCCUCAUGCAAGUAUCUACAGGGCCAACUCCUCCUCGCUGAGGAAUUGCUUUCAGAAACUCACAAAAGAACGACAGUUUCAUUACACCACCAUUCGCUCAAAGCUGGACAGCAUGGUUGCCAUCCUCUCGAGGAGCCGACACCUGAAUAAGUUCCACGGCGGUGAGCUGGGCCAGUAUGAUGCCAGGGGCGGUAGAGAAUUGAUGAGCAGGAAUAGAGCUUUGGGCUUCAGGGAUGUAACCAUGUUGGCGUCUUUGGCGCUGCGAAACUAAACAUUUCAAUCUGCGUCUGAUUAACGUUCUCCAAGGUUUGUGCAAAUUAAUUGGUGGUUGGUAGAACUUUGGCACUCGUAGUACAAUAUUUAGUCAAGGAUUAAUAUCAGUGAUCAGAAUUUUUUUUUAAAUUUCUUGCUAGUUGAGCAUAUGAUUCUAUAGUAAUAUGUUCAGCUAGCAGGUAAACUAUGAUGAUUGUUCAUGCCAGCAUUUCUUUGUAUGAGGGAGAAGGACUGUUCCCAUUGUUGACACAGUGCCUCCCACAAAAAUAAAUGUCUUGUUUUUAAAAGAAGAUCUUUGUCACUGUAUGUCGGGUGUUGUUCAGUGAGCUGCACUCUCACCUCAGGUUCAUGCCCCACUCCAGAGACUUGAGCAUAAAAUUUGGGCUAGUACUCCAGUUUGGUACUGAGGGAGCACUUCACUGCCUGAGGUGCUGUCCUACAGAUGAGAUGUUAAAAUAAAGUCCUGUCUGCCCUCUCAGGUGGGCGUAAAAGAUCCUGUACAGUGAAGAGAUCCCAACAAUCAAAUGACCUGAGGUCAUGAAGGAAUUCUAUAAAUGCAAGUCCUUCUUCCCUUAAGGACCUUGUUAUAUUUUGUAUUGAAAAGUCACAGGUAUGACGGAUGAAGACAGAAGAGUGACUAUAACUGAGAAAAACCACCCCAGUGCUGGUAGCAGCAACAAUUUGGGGUCUAUCCUGAAGCAGCUGAUCCAUUUGGAUUUUGAACUUAGAAUGGUUUCUAAAGUGAAAAAGCAAAAAAAAAUUAAAGCUGAAUAUAAAACAUGCAUGUGGAAACAUUCAAAUGCAUUGUCUCAGUUCAGGUUGGGGAAUAUAAUUUUUGAUUUUUAACUCUGCAUUUCUUUGAAUUUACAGCAGAGGGAACAGGCCAUUUGGCCCAGCUGAUGUAUGCUAGUGUUUCUGUUUCACAUGAGCUUCCUUGCACCUUACUUUAUAUAAACCUAUUAACAUAUCCAAUUAUUUCUUUCUAUCUCAUUUGCUUAUCCAGCUUCUCCUUAAACGCAUCUAUGCUAUUCGUUUGAACUAGCCCAAUUGGUAGUGGGUUCCAUAUUUUCACCACUCUGUGAAUAAAGAAGUUUCUCUUCCUUA